AUGGUUAUUCAAGAACACGGAAAUCUUAAUAACUAUGUAUUAUUGAAGGGAGAAACUAAAGGUGUAAUUGAAGUGAGAGAUUUUUUAACCAAGGAACUUAUUUAUAUAAAGAAACGUUUUAAGGUUCCUGGUGCGUAUGUAUCCAAGUUACUUGACCCAGUGUCUCAAGCCGAAUUAGCCGAAGUACAAGGAAAGAGAUCAAACGCAAAAUUAAAACAAAUUAUAUUAUAUCAACCAGAUGAUAUUAUAGAUUUAAAGGACAGUGGAGUGUUAACAUUCGAAUAUAAAUUUUAUUGGGAAGACGAAAAAUAUUUAUGGAAAAAAAGAAAUAUAGGGUUUAGUAAAGAAUUAGAAUGUAAAUUGGUUCAUGGAGAUGAUCCAGGUAUAGGAGUAUGUAUGUUUAAACAAGAAAGUAAAAACUUAGGUUGUUUAACAAUUAUGUAUUAUAAUAUGGAAAGAAUACCUGUACGUGAUAGGAAAGGGUUAGAAUAUUUAUUGGUUAUGACAUUAUUAUCUUUUCUGGAUAAAUGGGAUGAUGAUAAUAUUUCCAAGCCAAAAAAUGAAUUUAUACUUGGGGAAGAAUCAAAUGGUGAUUUCGUAGAAUUACUAGAAAAUAGAAAGAAAAAGAAACCCGAUAAAAAGAGUGAAAAAUUAAUCAUACAAUUAGCGGAAGAAGAAGCUAAUAUGCAAGAACAAUUACGUAACUUAAAAGAACAAGAAAAGAAAGAUGAAGAAUAUGCCAGACAAUUACAUGAGGAAGAAUUAAGAUCUUCGAAUCCUAAUUACAAUGAAAAAGACGAAAACGUAAUCACUUACCCAUCCACAAAUGCAACAAUUCCAUCACCUUCUUCUGAACAAGAAGAAUAUUACAGAAAACGUCCCCCACCUUCUCCACCUUCUGCUGUUAUACCCCCAAAACUUCCUCCAAGAGUUCCUUCAUAUUAUUCAGAUAACUCCAAUUCGCUUCCUCCUUCAUUAUUUCCUCCUUCAACACUUCCUCCAGGAGUUCCUUCCUAUUAUCCAAAUAAUUCUAAUACGCUUCCUCCUUCAACACUUGCACCAGGAUUUCCCUCCUAUUAUCCAGUUAACUCUAAUUCUAAUCCUUCACUUUCUCCAGGAGUUCCGUCCUAUUAUUCGGAUAGCUCCUCUUCUUCACUUCCGCCUAAUUCAUAUCCCCCUCCUCCUUCUUGGAACUCGUCUUAUCCUAACACCGCUUAUACUUACACUACAGCAACAGAGAAUAAUUAUAAUCCUUAUGUUAUGCCAAUGCCCUCAAUACCCUCAUUUUCUAGUCAAUAUCCUCCUAAUUAUUAUAAUAAUGGUAUGACUUCACCACCUACUGGUUCAACAGGUCCUUCAGGAUGUGGUGAGAAUUAUAGUAUGGCUGAUUCUCAGUCUACUAAUUCUUAUCCAAAUCCUGCAAGCACAAAUUAUCCUCCUGUUCCUGGAUCUAUUCCUUAUAACAAUUAUCCUCCUCAGUUUGGGAAUCCUAACGAUAAUAUAUAUAGUGGGUAUAAUACGGGAAAUAAUGGAUUUAAUAAUGGAUAUAACAAUGGGUACGGUGGUGGAUUUAACCAGUAA